AAGAACGAAUAAUUAAUUAUCUGGGUGGAUUUGCUGCGGUAGCUGCUGCCAUGCCAUUUCGAUCUUGUACUUGAUCGGAUCUACCACCACCAAACCCUAACUCUCUUUCUUUCUCAAUUCUCAUCGCCGAUUCCCAAAAUUCAUUAUGGCAUCUCAUUUACUUAAUCACUCCAAAAAGUUACGAAAUGCUUCGAGUUUGUUACACAACGAGCGUGCCCUUUUGGUUCGUUGGUUUUCCAGAGAUGUUCAAGCUUCUUCUAUCAACACAAAUCGAGAUGUGCUGAAAACCCGAUUACAAGACUAUGAAUCUUCAGCGAGAAACCGUGUCUCUGAAUCAGCCCCCAACUUUACUAAGAGAAACAUGUCCACCAUGAAAAGGGGUUACAUGAGGGGGUCCUUGUUUAAUGGAGAGGUUUCACAAAAUUCACAGGUUUUGUCAAGGAGAAGCUAUGCAUCGGCUUCAGAUCUCCCCCCACACCAGGAAAUUGGAAUGCCUUCUCUCUCACCUACAAUGACAGAGGGUAACAUUGCAAGAUGGUUGAAGAAAGAAGGUGAUAAGGUUUCUCCUGGUGAAGUGCUCUGUGAAGUUGAAACUGAUAAAGCUACAGUUGAAAUGGAAUGCAUGGAAGAAGGUUAUCUGGCCAAAAUAGUACGUAAGGAUGGGGAAAAAGAAAUUAAAGUUGGUGAGGUAAUUGCCAUAACUGUUGAAGAUGAGGAGGACAUUGCAAAAUUUAAAGAUUACCAAGCUUCAGCAUCUGAAUCUAGUGACCCCCCUGCCAAAGAAGCCUCUGCCCCACCUCCCCCAAAGAAAGAGGUGGCAGAAGAGCCUGCUCGAGAACCUGAAACAAAGGUUUCUAAACCCAGUGCACCACCUUCAUCUGGAGAUCGCAUAUUUGCUAGUCCCCUUGCUAGAAAGUUGGCUGAAGAGAAAAAUGUGCCUCUCUCCAGCAUUAAAGGAACAGGAGCGGAUGGGCUCAUUGUCAAGGGUGACAUUGACGAUUACUUGGCUUCUGGUGCUAAAGAAGCUUCAGCACCCUCAAAAGCCAAGGCUGCAACAGGUGCAUCACUGGAUUAUACCGACAUUCCUGUCUCUCAGAUAAGGAAGGUCACAGCUUCACGUUUAUUGCUAUCAAAACAAACUAUUCCUCAUUACUAUUUAACAGUAGAUACAUGUGUUGACAAACUCAUGAGUUUGCGUACCCAACUCAAUUCACUGCAGGAAGCCUCUGGUGGGGCUCGCAUAUCAGUAAACGACCUUGUAAUCAAGGCUGCUGCAUUGGCUCUCCGUAAAGUUCCUCAGUGUAACAGCUCAUGGACAAAUGAUUAUAUUCGCCAGUAUCAUAAUGUGAAUAUCAAUGUUGCCGUGCAGACGGAUCAUGGACUCUUUGUUCCCGUUGUCAGGGAUGCAGACAAAAAAGGCCUAUCUACAAUAGGGGAAGAGGUCAAACAAUUGGCAAAGAAAGCCAAAGAAAACAGCUUGAAACCCCAAGAUUAUGAGGGAGGUACAUUUACAGUGUCCAACUUGGGAGGGCCAUUUGGUGUCAAACAGUUCUGUGCCAUUGUCAAUCCUCCUCAAUCAGGCAUUCUUGCCGUUGGAUCUGCUGAGAGGCGGGUCGUUCCAGGUUCAGGUGCUGAAGAAUUCAAGUUUGCUUCCUUCAUGGCCGUGACCCUCAGCUGUGAUCACCGUGUAAUAGAUGGGGCAAUUGGUGCUGAAUGGUUAAAAGCAUUCAAAGGCUAUAUUGAGAAUCCAGAAUCGAUGUUGUUGUAAAAGUAAAUAGAAGACCUAGACGCACUCAAUUCCUUCUUCCGAGUGAUAUUAUAGGCAGGGGAUAAGACUUGAUCACCUGGUAUUUCCCAUUUGGGUUUGGUUGAUUGUAUCCCUGACCAAUUUUUGAUUUAAGUAUUUAAUCUUUUAAAAUAAAUUUUGCAAAGUUGUAAUUUUUUUAAUAAGUGAGGGUAGAUAAGGUAUUGAAUUUUGAGCCCUGAAAUUGUGCUCUCAGAAGAGAAUGCUGCCCAGUAACAAUACAGGCAAAUGAGGAUCUGACAUUUUCUUUGUUAGAUGGUGUGAAUAAUUGAAAGAACGUUAAUUUUAUUUUAUUGACAUCUCA